GGGGCACUGGGGCCCUCCCCCUCGACAAAACGUAAUAGGAUAAAAUAUCUCGUUUUCCACCAAUAUCUUUUUGCACUGUUGUUCUGCACUCUGCAGUCCCCAGGAAGAGAAGAAAGAUGAUGGCUCCGGUUCGGCUGCUGCUGGUCGGCGUCAUAAUCGCCUUCGCUGCGGGCACACGAGCUGGAUCGGAGUUCCUCGCUGGUGAUAAUCCGAUCAGGCAGGUUGUCGAUGGUUUGCACGAGCUCGAGGCUUCUAUUCUGCGGAUCGUCGGCGACUCGAGGCGUGCUUUGUCCUUCGCUCGUUUUGCUCACAAGUAUGGGAAGGGGUACGAGAGUGCUGAGGAGAUAAGGAGGAGGUUCGAGAUUUUCUCGGAGAAUUUGAGGAUGAUAAGGUCGCAUAACAAGAAAGGACUCUCCUACACUAUGGGAAUUAAUGAGUUUACGGACAUGACAUGGGACGAGUUCCGGAGGCAUAGGCUGGGUGCUGCUCAAAACUGCUCUGCCACCACAAGGGGCAAUCAUCAGCUCACUGAUGCCCCCCUUCCAAAAUCGAAAGACUGGAGGGAAGCGGAUAUUGUUAGCCCAGUAAAAAAUCAAGGUCAUUGUGGUUCUUGCUGGACAUUCAGCACAACUGGAGCACUAGAGGCAGCUUAUGCACAAGCUUUCGGUAAGGGAAUUUCCUUGUCCGAGCAGCAGCUUGUUGAUUGUGCCGGUGCAUUCAACAACUUUGGCUGCCAUGGUGGCUUGCCAUCUCAAGCCUUUGAGUACAUCAAGUAUAAUGGUGGGCUUGAGACUGAGGAAGCAUAUCCAUAUACUGCCAAAAAUGGUGUUUGCAAAUUCUCAUCUGAAAAUGUUGGUGUCCAAGUACUAGAUUCUGUCAAUAUCACCCUGGGUGCUGAGGAUGAACUUAAGCAUGCUGUAGGAUUUGUUCGACCUGUAAGUGUGGCUUUUGAGGUGGUUAGUGGAUUUAGAGCAUACAAAAGUGGAGUUUAUACCAGCACUACUUGUGGCAGCUCUCCAAUGGACGUAAACCAUGCUGUUCUUGCUGUUGGUUAUGGAGUUGAAAAUGGUAUCCCAUAUUGGCUCAUCAAGAAUUCAUGGGGAGCUGAUUGGGGUGACAAGGGAUACUUCAAAAUGGAGAUGGGCAAGAACAUGUGUGGUGUUGCAACCUGUGCGUCAUACCCCAUAGUUGCUUAAGAUUUCUUGAAAGAAGUUAGAGUCUCUCAGGGGAAUACGUGGUACCAAACCCCCGUCCUCCAGUUUCAAAUGCAGUAGUCGUCAAAGGUUUCCUUCAAUGGCCAUGUUGUGCAAAAGUGGUUCAAGAUUGUUGUACACAAUAAGAUCUAGGUUGAAGCUAUCCACACGGUUCACGUGUAUACCAAAAGCCCUUGUAAAUUAGCUUAUUAAUUGUCUGAGGUAACAUCUUUCAAGUUAUAAUAAAUAUUCUUCAGUCUCUUGUUGUUGCUGGUUUUCUGUUUGAUUGUGAUCCUAAAAAAGAACGUUCUUCUGUAA